GGAGCGGUCGGAGCGCAGCGGAGCGGCCGCGAUGGGCGCCCCGGCGGUGGAGCGGCGGCGGCUGCGGCGGCGGCGAGGGCGAGGGGAGCUGCUGCGGGGGCAGCUGGGCGUGCUGGCCGCCCUGGCCCUGCUGCUGGCCGGCGGCGCGGCCGCGCGCGGCGGUUAUGAUGCCCUGGGCUAUUCUGUGGAGGGCAGUGACAAGUGGAGUGGGAGACAGCUGCUGCAAGCCCGAGAGCAGAACACGACUGCCAUCCCUGGGGGCGGGGGACAGCCCUACGUCAGGAACUGCACCGAGCCAGCUCUCCAUGAAUUCCCCAAUGACAUCUUCACGAACGAGGACAGGAGACAUGGAGCUGUGGUCCUGCACGUCCUUUGUGCCGUGUACAUGUUCUACGCGCUGGCGAUCGUCUGCGAUGAUUUCUUUGUCCCCUCGCUGGAGAAGAUCUGUGAGCGCUUGCACCUCAGCGAGGACGUGGCUGGGGCGACGUUCAUGGCAGCGGGAAGCUCCGCUCCCGAGCUCUUUACGUCUGUCAUAGGUGUUUUUAUCACAAAAGGAGACGUGGGCGUUGGAACCAUUGUAGGCUCAGCUGUAUUUAACAUUCUCUGUAUUAUUGGCGUGUGUGGGCUUUUUGCAGGACAGGUUGUUGCGCUGUCGUCGUGGAGUCUCCUGAGAGAUUCAAUCUACUACACCCUGUCUGUCGUUGCACUCAUUGUGUUUAUUUAUGACGAAAGAGUUUCCUGGUGGGAGUCCUUAGUCUUAGUGCUGAUGUAUGUCAUCUACAUCAUUAUAAUGAAGUACAACUCAACCAUACAUCACUGCUUUGAGAGGAAGACCAAAAACUCUGCGAACAUGGUGAACGGCUUAGCCAGCAACGCGGACAUGGAUGACAACAGCAACUGCGACGCCACCGUGGUGUUACUAAAGAAAGGUAACUGUUCCCGAAAUUUCCACCGUAAAGCCUCGGUGAUCAUGGUUGAUGAGCUGCUCUCUGCCUACCCACACCAGCUUUCCUUUUCCGAGGCUGGGCUCCGGAUCAUGAUAACCAGCCAUUUCCCUCCCAAAACACGGCUCUCCAUGGCCAGCCGCAUGUUAAUCAAUGAGAGGCAGAGGCUGAUCAACAGCAGGACUUACACCAACGGUGAGUCGGAAGUGGCAAUCAAAAUCCCCGUGAAGCACGUGGUGGAGAACGGGACAGGCCCCGGGAACUCGGCGGAGCGGGGCGUGAACGGCGGCCGGCGGGACGAGGACGUGGCCGAGGCCGGGAACGAGACCGAGAACGAGGACAACGAGAACAACGAGAACGACGAGGAGGAGGAAGAGGACGAUGACGACGAUGACCACGAAGGGCCGUACACACCUUUUGACCUCCCCAGUGGAAAGAUAGAAAUAUUGAAGUGGGUCUUCACAUGGCCUUUGAGUUUUGUCCUGUACUUCACAGUGCCCAACUGUAACAAACCCCACUUGGAAAAAUGGUUCAUGGUUACCUUUGCUUCUUCUACCCUCUGGAUUGCAGCUUUUUCUUACAUGAUGGUGUGGAUGGUGACAAUCAUUGGGUACACCCUGGGAAUUCCAGAUGUGAUCAUGGGCAUUACGUUCUUGGCAGCUGGAACCAGUGUGCCAGACUGCAUGGCAAGCCUUAUUGUAGCAAGGCAAGGAAUGGGGGAUAUGGCUGUGUCCAACUCCAUCGGAAGCAACGUUUUCGAUAUUUUAAUUGGCCUGGGCCUUCCAUGGGCUUUGCAGACCCUGGCAGUGAAUUAUGGAUCAUACAUUCGGUUAAACAGCAGAGGACUUAUCUAUUCUGUUGGUCUCCUGCUGGCAUCUGUUUUUGUCACAGUUUUUGGUGUCCACAUGAACAAAUGGAAACUGGACAAGAAGCUAGGGUGUGUGUGCCUUUCCCUUUACGGCAUCUUCCUGUGUUUCUCCAUCAUGACAGAAUUCAAUGUUUUCACGUUCGUGAACUUGCCCAUGUGCAGAGAUCACUAACGCAGGGGUGGCUGUCGGGAGGAGCUUCCUUCUUACCUGUGCAAUACGAGCCACGGCGGCGACUCCUCAGCGUGGGGCACCUCCAAGUCCUGACACACGUCCUGCUCGCUGUUCAUAGGACCCGUGGCCCCACCUAGGUGUGCCCUCUCCCUGGCCCCCACGACCUGGAACAAUCCUGCAUCGAUGUGAAGAGGUUUUCUUUCAGCAUUCGUGUGAUUUCCUAGCUCAGUCUUUGAACAGUGUGACUGCGACUCGGUGAACUGGCUGCUAACUGGCGUCAAGCCAGGCAAAACUGGUCUGCUACAAUUCCUUCUUUUUUUAAGUUAUUUGAUGGAAGACUAAUUAAUUUAUGACUUAAGACUAUUGCUACAAUGCAGAAGAGGGUACGUUGUGCAGGGGCUGACUCUCGAGGAGAAUCAUGGGAAUUUUUUUGGUUGUGGGCUUUUGUUUGUUUGUUUGUUUUUAGUUUUGGUUUUGCUGUUUUUUAUUUGUUUGUUUUGAUGGGGGGGGUUGUUCUUGUUGUUCUUUUUUUUACUUGCCAGAGAUCAACGUCCUGUCUUGCAUCUUCUCCUUCUGAGCACUGGGUCUCCUGUAACAAUCCAAAGGUCACAGGGCAAUGUAAAAUGGAAAUGCAGUUCAAGACACUCAGCAUAAAAGUGGAUAAAAGAAGUUUGUCAAGGCAACAGCUGAUGACUUUUUACUCUAAAUAAUGAAUCUUGUACAAGUGUGAUGAGGAUUGCAAGCUAAAUGUGGAUACAAAGGGUAAACAGUGCUACCAUUUUACUAUGAAUGUCGGAGUUUUAUUACUGGGGCGUUUAUGUCAUUUCCAAGCAAUAGUUUGAUUGCCCAGGAGGGCUGCCAAGGUGCCCUGGUUUUUAACUGGUCUGCACGUGGACAUGGAAGGUCAGAACUUUCUCUGCUUCAUCAGAUCUCUUGUUUUGGGGGGAUCCAAUCGUUCGUGUCUUAUUCGUUCUGAGAAGGACGUGAGUACGUGUGGAAACUUUUCUAAAUGAGUUACAGACACUGGUUUCUUUAAGAGGAAAGAGGCAUAUUUUGCACAGACAUAGUUACUGAAGUCCUAAUUUGCCAUUCUUUGAAGAAUACACUGGACCUGGCCAGAUAUUUGUCAUCUUAAGCAGUUGAACUUAUCUGAUAACAGAUCAUGUGGAUUCAUCACCCUUCCUUUGGGAGGGAGGAAGACACAGACAGAGAUGGCACUUUUUAAAAUGUGGAAUAUCUUCAAUGCAGACUUGCUCACAGAUCUUAAGUUAUUGUGAAAGUUUAGCUAUUCAUUGUUCCAGUAUCCCAGCUAGAUUUUGUAUAAUUCUGUAUUAAUAUGCAGGCAGAUUCCACCCCCUGGGAAAGGCCCUCACAGCUUCGUUGAUAUGUAUGGAUACUGUGGAUUCUUGCCACUGCGACUCUUGUAUUUACUUUAAGCACUGAUCACUUCUGAUCCCUUUUGUAUGUUUUCUCCUCUUUCUUGUAUAUGUUUUACUAUGAAAUGUAUUAAGAGACUACCAGCUAGGUGAAUGUUUUUGUCUAUGGUACAAACAGUGGCAAAUGUUAGUAGUAAAGGUACAACAAACCCUACAUAAAAGAAAGAAAGGGAAAAACAAACAAACAAACAAAAAACCACCAAACCCUAAACUAUAGCAGCAAAAAAAAGAACUCCAACUUGUAAGAAAAAAGAAGAGAGUCAUGUUCCAUUCACAGACAAAAAGCCAAUUUUUAUUUCAUUUGCACUUUUUGAGUUUUCUUUUGGCAAAAUGUGGUAAAUGAAAAUAUUUACAGCCUGGGUUUCCAUAGAGCUCGGUACCUGAUUUUCGUUCUUUCCUUGUUAUGCUGAACAUUGGGAGGCACUGGCAGCUCCUUGCACUGUGCUUGUCAGCGGAGUCCUGUGGGAAAAGCCUGUCCCGUUGGCCCCGGGGAACGACGUGUGCUGUGGAUCCCUGGCGAGAAGAAGGAAGGGUCCAGGGACAGGCAGUAGAGAGAGUCAAGGAUGUGCCUGCAUUGUCCUUUUUCGUUCUGGAGAACAGUUGUGUUGCUACUUGUUGAGCUCUGCAGCUGUUGUUUGAGCAGCCUUCUCCUACCUGUGCCCACGGGACGUCCUCUCGCGUUAGGAAGCCCGCUGUACCUUCCUUUGUUGGGUUCUUGUUUCUUUUGUUGUUGUCGAUGUUGUUGUGAAUGAGAUGAAUAAUAAUAAUAACCACUAAAAUGCCUAAAAUACUUCCUUAAAUCAAACAAUGUUGUCAGCUAUGUGGCACGUGUCACUAAAAGCCACCCCACAAACACAGCCUACUCUUGUAGCGAGAUGCAGUUGCUCCUAAGCAGAGUGUGUCCUUGCUGACGGAAGGGACAGAUUAGCAGAAGGGAAAAAAAAAGGAGAGAAGUUUCAUAUCAGGGCCUAUUAUUACUUCUAUUUUGAAUAUUUAUACUGCUGCUCCAAUGGAGCCAGUUGGAUCUAUUUCUACGAAAUAGCCGUUACCUAUCCCAUGGCACAAAAACUGCACGAGUAUUUUUUAGGAACUUUUCCUGUUGUUGUGCAUUAAAUACUGUAGUAAUCAUAGCUUUGCAUUGUGUGUGAAACCCGGAAUACCUUGCUUUGAUGUCUGUGUGUUGUGCUAGAAUGUUCUGCGAGUCGCUUGUUCUCAGCAGAAGCAGAAGGGACCUUGAGCUGCCAUGACCUGUGCCACGGAUGAACUGCCCCGCGCCCCCGAGGUGUGCUCGCCACGCGCAGCCACGUCAGCGAGGGCAGGCCCGCUUUGGAGCGUGACAGACCCACUGAACGUGCCCCUCCUGGCUGUGGUUGCUGGAGGAGCCCGCCCCUCUCACGUUUGUUAGCGUAGCCAAAGCCUGUGGGAAAGUCCCCAAAGCAAAGAACCAGCAGUGUUUGCCUUCUUCCUGAGCUCCCCAGGGCUGGCACGGACAGUUCCGUUCGGAUGCAGUGCGGAUCCAUAGCUUUACUGAGUCUGGCAGGGCCUGAGUUCUGAGGGGUUCUCCCCUCACCAGCUUAGACUCUGGAAGUCCCCAGCUGUGCUGGAGGCCAUCCAGCACCUGGCUCCAGUCUCCCAGUGGGAAGCCCUGCUGUGCCCGUUGCUGCCCGAGCCGUGGGCCGUCACUGGGAACCGGCCAGGCUGGCAGAGCCUUCGGGGACUGGGGCCGUGGGUGGCCAGGGGGUGCUGACUGGGGGAAGGAGGGAGUUUGAGGAGCUGGGGAGGGGGGCAAGGGUUGGGGGGCUGGAGAGAACCACUAGUGAAGCUGGGCUGGUUUGGGCUGGGGGUUUUAGUGUCAUUGUGAUUCAUUUGCAAUUUUAUUCUUCUGAAAGCAAGGGUCACCUUCGUGUCCGAGGCUGCUCUGGUCUUUCCACCAGUCAGCUGUUUUUGUUACCAUUCCUAGUGGCUUCACUGGAUUCUCAAUGAGUAUUUCAAAGGGAGACUAAAGAGCCUUUUCCUCAGUGGAGAGGCUUCACUGCAGCUCUGACUUUGACUUGCUGUCAGUAUGUGAUCCUUGGCUGGCUUCUGCUUGACAUGGAUGGCCUUCCUUCAACAGCAGUUCAAAGGCACAGUGCUAGGAUGGGCUAUGAUAUGAGGUGGUCUGAAGACAUGCUGGGAAAACUGCUUUUGUCCCUACCAAAGGUGAAUUUUAUACUUGCCUUUUUUUUUUUUUUAAUUUUAUUUUUCGUGUACUGCAAUUUUUGGUAGUUUCUGCAGUAGGAGGACCAAUCUGAAGUGUGUGCACAGGAGGAGACUUUCACUGGCAUAAUUUGUUGGUUUUGCUGUGAUGUCACUUGCCUGCUUAGUUUUCAGCUUUCUGUCUUCAGCUGUGUCUCUGAAAUCGAUUGAUUAGCUUUGGAUGUAUGAUGAUAGUGCUUGUGGAGAACGAGACGCGAGACUGGCUUUUUUUCCUGACAAAACAAGUCAGGUAGAACAGCAGUCUAGUUUUGGAAAAAACAAUGUUCAAGGUAGGUGGAGCAACCUGUCAGAACAGGAAUUUUUAUAUGUUUUUUUCCAAAUAACCAUGUGAGUAAAACCUACAUUGAAUAUUGUUGAGUAACUUCUAGAAAACCGUAGGUUUCUGCUGAUUGACAAAUGUUUCUUAUAUUAAGAUUUUUUGGAAGCCCUAAUCCUUUCAGUUAAAGUUCACAGAGAUGCAGUAGUGUGAGGUUUAUCUAUUUCAAAGUUUGACCACCAGAGCUUUAAACUUGUUUAAAUAUAUACUUUAAAAAUCAAUCUCAGUGGACCCUGCUUACCUGGAUUUAAUUCUGCCCUGCACUCACGGCGUUUCACCUGCUCAGCGGUCACUGCGAGUUAGUCUGAAAUAGCCUUGAAUCCAGGUAAGAAUGUCCCUUUCAGGUUGGUACAACUUUAACUGAAUCAGUUUAAAGCCAGCUUUUACUGAAAGCGGGGGAAGUUUGAAUUCUUGAAAGACUUCAGCCACUUCAUUUCAGAUUUCAGGAGCUGCAGAGUCUGGGUGUGCCGAAUGGAGGCACCAAGCAGAAUGCAAGGCUUCCUUUCAGGAAGAGAGUUUUCAGUAUUCAGGGACUUGAGUGAAAUGUGACCUUUUUUAAAUCAGGGGGAGAACCCCAGUGACUGUUGUAGGUCAGUGAUGUGUUUGCAGCAGUGAGUCCUGGAAAGGAUGGGGACACUGCAUUUUUUAAAAGAGGAGUGAACUUUUUUUAUUUUCUUACCUGAAUAAAUGAAUGGCUAUUAAUACUACAAGCACCUUUAAGGGACUUUACAUGGAUAUUGUGUUAGCACUUAGUGGCCUCAAAUCUGAAGCAUAGUUCUGAAAUGCAUCUACUUCUACCCAAACUACUUGGACUUGUUCAGCUGAAUCUCCUCAACCAAGCUCAGGUGUGGACAAAUCCAUGCCUUUUGGAGAAGUUUACUUUAUUCACGGGGAAAGCAAUGGGGUAAGAAAUGACAGUGUGUUCUAUUGUGCACUGGGAAUAUAAACUGGCUGUGAAAUCGAUUAUUUGCUGGCCUGAAGCAGCCUGAGAUCUAGGCCAAGUUACCCAAGUUUGGGCAGAAGCAUCUAAUUUCAGGAAAGCUUCUAAAAAAGCACAGUUUGUUUAAAACAACAGAUUUUUAAAUGUAUUUAUAUAGCUAAAAUGACUUUAUUGUGGUAUAUUUUAGGUAGGUUUUUGUUUUACUUUUUGUAAUAGCCUUGCAGAACAAAUUUUAAACCUUCCACACCGAAAAAACCUGACAGAAAUCCUGUCAAUCUAAUCUUUGUCUGCCAGGUAGGAUUUGAAUGGUGCUAAAAGUCAACAUGAUAAUUUUACAGCAGCAAUUCAACGUAACAUUUUCAUUGGCAGUUGAGGGAAUGUUGUAUCCCGAACCUGUGGGGAUUGUUGCAGUUGGUUACAGAUCUGUGUAAAUGUUGGGGUGUGCCAUGACACCUUUUCCAAGAGCAGACAUCCCUUUACGCCCAGCCUGCUUGCUCCCUCAAGAUUUUGUCUUGCUCCUCGUGUUGCAAGGAUUCAGAAUUUUGCUUCCACUUUCUCAUAACCUGAAUCCCUCUGGCUUUGAAGGCUGACCCAGGUGCUGCUUAGCACCGAGUGAAUGUGCUGGGCUGGCAGGAGCAGUGGGGAGGUUUGGAUCAGUCAGCUGCUGGGAGCAAACGUGAGGAGAUCUUUGCUUGGCACACGGAUCUCCGACCCCCGGGUCACGCAUUAUACCAGAAACAGAACUGAUCUAAUGAAGGGGUUCUACGUCUGACCUGAGCCUUUUACACUUGGUGAAGCCAGACUGUGCUACAGGAGUUUUACUGAGGGUUUCAGUCAUAAGUCCCUGUAAUUCACUGGCAGAUUUUUAGCGUUAUUUUUUUAAAAUGUACGAACAGAUUUAUAUUCAAGCAACAUACAUACACACACAUAUAUAUAUACUUAGUAAGUAUAUGUGUCCAGUGUUGUUAAAUUGAAGCCCUGUGGUAACCAGCUGUCUCUGCAUAGGAAUAAAGUCUUAUCAUGGCAACUGCUAGGAUGCUGUAAGUGUCUGAGUAUUUAAGAUAGACUUACACAUACCUAUUCAUAAACUCAAGAGAUGGUUGCAGGCUUUUGUUUGUUUCCACAUUGUAUUAGCCAAAUAUUGUGAGUGGCACAUGCCAGUUGCAUAUCUCUAAUAUAGCAGGUCAAAAGCUUAAACAGCUAAUCUGUGUCCAUUCAGUAAUAUUUCUAGUUGUAAUUACUGUUAUUCAUUUGAGGUUCCAUUUGCUGAACAUAAAGACAGCUUUGAAAAAGCAAAAAGACCACGUGUGAGACACUGGGGAGGUCAGGAAAUUCUAUUCUGAAGUAUUUAUGAGUUUUAUUUAUUUAUUUAUCAUACACAAAGAGCUGAGCCCCUGGUUCAGGAAAACAUUUCUUCAUGCUGGCAGAAGAUUUAGGAACCUAAUUUCAGGCCCUUCCUAAAGCUAAAGCCAGAUUUCCCUGGAUCAGGGACCAAGCAGACUAAGCCAUUAAAAGCAUCAUUCCAUCCUUUUGAGUGUCCACAAAAAGUGGUAAGACCUUCUCAAAUGCUUCUUAUAACUUAUAUUAGUAGACAAGCUGAGGAAUCCCGAGAGACCCAAAGAUGCUUCUGCAGUGCUCACCUCUUGAUCUCUGAGAGUAGAAAUACAUAAAUAACAAAUACUCCUUGCACUCUCAGUGUUUGUAAUAUCACUGCCACGAGGUACCAUUUGCAGUAAUCAAAAUUCGCAUUUCAUGUGAUACCCACAAGUAGAUUUUUAUACUUUUAUUUUUCAGGAUUUUUUUUAUUUUCUUGGUUAUCUGCUUUCAGUAAGCAAGUGAUUUUCCUUUGCCUGGUUUUCCACGGCUCUUUUUAACAGCACGUGAUUGGCUCUGGUUAAAUGUGAAGAUCUCCCUAAAACAGAUGCCAGCAAAUGCUUGGGUGAAGCUCUGUUGUCCCAGCUUUUUGACAAGGUUGUUACCAUUUACAGCAGGCAAGGACCUUCUGCCUCCAGAUCCUGCAGGUGAAACAGUCCCAGCACUUGCAAACACACUUCCCCUUUUGCACUGCCUUGGUUUGGGUCAGGAGGUCUCCAGUGCAGAACAACAAUCACAUCAUUGCUGUCAGUGUGGGUUACAGCAGGGCCUGUUCGUGGGAAAUACAACAGCAACGAUGGAGGGCUUUUGAAAUGUAUCAGAAGGGACUGGAAGCCUGUGUUUUGCCAGCUUCUAAAGACUUAGAGAAUUGUCAGAUUAGGAAGGAAAAUAAAAGGAAGAUAAAGGCUGAUUGCAAACAGUUCAGCCUCAGUCUUUCCUGAAGGUUUGUGUAAUGUUCAAACUUUGCAUAAAGCAGGCUCCCAUGUUCUGUCAGGCACAGAGCUCAGCUAAGGUGUUCCUCCCUGGUGCUCAGGAACAGCCUCUUUUUCUCAGCAAUUCUCACUGCUGAGCAGAACAUCCAUUUCUGUGUCACAGGAUUGUCUGGUGAGAUUGCUUAGGUGAGGUGAGCAAGCACAGAGCUAGAACCACAACAAAGAAGCCAAAGCAAGAUGUUUGUGGAAUAACUUUGUUCUGAAGGAUUUUUUUUUUUUGUUUAAAUGGGUGCCAGAAGCAAAGGACACAAAGUAUGAUUCUGUAAUUAUUGAGCACCCACGGAGAGCAAGUGCAAAUGAGAGUGGUAUGGCAUCACAAAAAGCUGGCUGUUGUGUAAUUAGGAUACUGGCAAGUUUUGCAGGGGUUGCAUUUACAUGGAGAUUUGCUUGGAUAGUACUUGAUCCUUACAGCUCUAGGUCUUUCAUCAGGAAAGUACUUUGUCCCUUUGUUAGGGAGAGAGAAAGAGAGAUGUCAAACCAAUGUUUUCAACUCCUAUGGGAGCUGCAAACAGUACAGUAGAGCAGUCUUGUGUCUGAGGUGAGCUGGUGUGCAGUGAACUUUGCAGUGCAUUGAAGAUUUAGGGACAAAUUUUACUUUGUGUCCCCUUGAGGAACAGUGUGAUUGACUUCACUGUCUGCCCUUGUAGAGCUGAGAAUCCUCACUAGGUCCUUAAUGCAGCAGUAUGUGUGAGAGAUGACUAAAGGAAGGGUAGGUUACCUUCAUCCUCACAUCAAUUGUUUGUUUUCAAAACUGAAAACAAACUAGGGAGAUGUUUGUAUGUUUUGGGGGAUUUGGGUUUUGUUUGAUUUUUUUUUUGCUGGGCAAUCUGAAAUCUCUGGACAAGGUCUGGGGGUGGUUUGGGUGUUCCUCUUACUGGUGCAUCCAUCAGAGCUUCAGCCAGUGGGACAUGCAGGAGGACAGGUCCAUGGUUCCCCUGGCCCCAGACACAGGUGCGUGUCAAGCAAACCCUGCAGAGGAAAGGUCACUUCUGCUGAGGACCCCAGCACAAGCCUGGUGAUGGGAAUUGAGGCACAGGUAAAUCAGGAUCCCACUAGAACAAAAAGGUGAGCAGGCAGAGCCGUUAGUCCUCAAGGAUGUUGCACAAGUUGCGUGGUCCCCCACCCUCCUCCCUGGCUCAUCCAGCAGCUUUUUGGGCCAGGCUUUCCUUAGGGCAGCGCUCCCCAUAGCUCCCAUUGUGCACUGCAAGGUGUGUCUGUGUUCCCAGAGCUGUUAGGCCGCUGCUCACUGCAGAGGGCAGAGGGUGCUGUUGGGUGCAGGCUCUCCAGAGAAGCUUCUCUUGGUUCUUGUUUGUUGGGAGGGUUUGGCCUGUGGUGCCCCUGUGCUGGGGUGGCUUUGCAGGUUUGUCCCUGCAGGAGUGAGUCGGCUGCUGUGGGGACAGGUGGGUUCUUUGCACAGAGGGGCCACUUCCAGGCACUUGAGCCUUUUCCAGAGCCAAGCCCCAGCUGCUGUGUGUAGGUGGGGCUGUCUCUGUGCUGCUGAGCCCAGUCAGAGCCAGCCCAGCUCUGUGGUCAGCCUGGCAUCACUGAGGCACAUGGGGAGAGCCCAGUGCCAGCUCUGUGUGUCUGGGGGUUCAGUCACCCCAUGGCCCAGCAGUCAGCUGUUCAGGAUCUGAUAAUUUGAUGGAGCUGUAAUGGAAAAGUUGGUUUGACAUUGUUACUGGAGUCUUAGGCCGUUGAAUGCAAUAGCUGCUGUGGCUGGUUCUGAAGCAGACUGCUGAGACCAUGCCAGUCUCUGAAUCGUGGGCAGGAUGAGUUCUCUGCUUUGUGGUGCUGUCUGGCAUCCGAGCUGCAGGAAGCACAGCAAUAAAAGUGAGUGAGAGGAGCACCUUUUGUUUGACUGGGGAUCAAAUGACGCUGUCUGGGUUCCUUCUCUGGGGGAAAUUCCGUGAUGCUUCUAACCACAAGGAAGAAAACGUAGGUGGAACUGAGUGCAAAUGCACAUAUAAUGUGUGUUCAUUUACAGCCAGCCAGAAAACAAAAUAAGCAGUGGUUUCUAGUAAUAUGGUUCUACUCAAAAUAGCUUUUUAUUAAGUCAGCUUGAAAGUGUUAAAACGGUGGAGCCAUAGACAAAAUAUUUGUUACCUUUUGAAAUGAGUUACAAUGGUUUUGUCAUACUUGUACAGGUAUUAUAAGGUCAGUCUUUCUGUAUGUUUUAUAACUUAUUGUAGAAUAGUCUUCUAUGCAUAGCUGUUCCACUUGCCUGUGUAAGUUACAAAUCUAACAGAAAUGAAAGCAUGCAUUUUUCUCUGUUUGCUGGUAACCUAUGAAAUUAGAAACUUGUAUUUCUGUGUUUUUAAUGUGUUAUACUAUAAAGAAAAUUCACAGCACUAUUGUCUAUGGAAUAUCAAAAAGUUUUAUUAGAAUGAAUUACUUUAAAUGUUUUGUCAAUUGAUUUAAUAAUGUGUCAGACAUCUACACUAAGACAAUAUAAUGUUUAUCAAUAAAAAUAUCCUCUCUUUGUACUAA